AGUUGCCUCCAGCAGGACGCUGUACCGUGGUAAAGAGUCUGAGCUCCAUGCUGGGUCCUCCUCAUGCUGUCUGUUUUCUGCCCGGUCAGUACUAGGGAACGGGGACUAAGCUGGCUUUAAUUCUCCUCGUCUGUUCGGUCCGUUGGAUUGGUCCUGUAAUUCCUGCGUAGGCCACAUUGCUUUGGAGAGAAUCUGGAGAAGCGUUAUAUGUGGUGUGGCCCUUACGCAGCUGGGUUCGUGGUCCAGGGGUUGUGGGUUUGAUUCCUCAGCGUGACACAGCUUGUUGCACGUUCAGUGAACUCCGCAGUCUGCUCAGGACCCGCCCCCGUGCCCCUCCCGGCCCCGCCCCGCCCCGCCCCCUCGCCAUGGCCUCCCGGAUUGGCCUGCGCCUGCAGCUCAUGCGGGACCAGCAGCAGCAGGAGGAGCAGCGCGAGCGCCAGCAGCAGCAGCAGCAGCAGGCCGCCGCCCGCCAGUAUGCCCAGCACCGCAUGCCCGCCCCGCCCACGCCCGCCAUCAACGCCCCCGCCCACUACCAGGCCCCCAUGCAGGUCCCCGUGGAGGUGCUCAGGGUGCAGACCCACCUGGAGAAUCCCACGGACUACCACAUCCGCCAGUCGCAGCGGCAGCAGCUGAAGCAGUUCCUCUCCACCACCUACGCCACCAAGCAGGCCGUGCACGCCGUGACGGGGACUCAGCCGUCCCCGCCCCCGCCCCCGCUCGUCCAGCCCGCCUCCGCCCCCGGCCCCGCCCUCAUGCCCUCCCCGUGCAUGCGCACCGAGCAGCUCAUCACCUCAGCGGGCAACAGCGCCCCCAACAGCCCCAUGGCCAUGCUGAACAUCUGCUCCAGCCAGGAGAAGGAGAUGGAUGAUGUCAUCGAUGACAUCAUCAGCCUGCAGUCCAGUUAUGAUGACAUCUCUGCGUAUAUUGACCCUGUGGUUCAUAUGCCAAACACAUUGCCCCUGUCCAGCAGUCACAUGGAUGUGUACACGGGACCCGGGAUGUCUGGCCCAGCCAUCGCCAUGACCAGCAACUCCUGCCCCGCCAACCUGGCCGUCAAGAAGGAGCUAUCGGAUGCAGAAGCACGUGCCAUGGCUAAGGAACGACAGAAGAAGGAUAACCACAACCUGAUUGAGAGAAGAAGGAGGUUCAACAUCAACGACCGCAUUAAGGAGCUCGGAACCAUGAUCCCAAAAACAAAUGACCUGGACUCGCGCUGGAACAAAGGCACCAUCCUGAAGGCCUCCGUCGACUACAUCAAGCGCAUGCAGAGGGACAUGCAGAGGACUAAGGAGGUGGAGAACAACUUCAAGAGGAUGGAGAUGACCAACAAGCAGCUGUGGCUGAGGAUCCAGGAGCUGGAAAUGCAGGCUCGCGUGCACGGCUUCUCCUGCAGCUCCCCGUCCGGACUCAACAGCGACUUCCUGGGGUCCCUGGUGAAGCAGGAGACCAGCCCCGAGGAGGUGCCCCAGGCGCAGAGACAGCUGCCCCCGCUGCCCCCUCACAGCCACGCCGCCCAGGCCCACAGCCACGCCCAGCCCCACCCGCACGGCCACGCCCAGCAGCCCCAGCCUCUGCAGUACCCGGCGGUGGGCAGCUCGCAGCAUUUUGACUUUGGGCAGAGCAUGGACGCGUGCGAGGGCCUGCCGGGGUACGGGGACCCCCUGUCCCAGCUGGCCGACCUGUCCGGCCUGGUGGGGCCGGAGAGGAGGGAGGAUCUCAGCUUCCUGCUGAUGGAGGAGGCGCUGUCUCCCCUGGGGGGAGGCGACCCCCUCCUCUCCACCAUGUCCCCCGACCCCUCCGUGGACAGCAGGCGCAGCAGCGAUAGCUUCGAGGAUUGUGACGGGCUGUAACCCGCGUCUCACACACACACGCACGCAAGGACACAUACACACACACACACACAUACACAUACACAUACACAUACACACAUGCAAGGAUACAGACAC